AUGUUCUCAGCUCUCCUGAAAAUCGGUGUCGCACAGAUCCUCGCUUACCUGAAUGAGAAAAACAGACCAUAUAGUGCUCAGGAUGUCUUUACGAACCUACAGAAGCAGUGUGGUCUGGGUAAAACGGCUGUGGUCAGAGCAAUGGAGCAGCUGGCCCAGGAGGGAAAGAUUAAAGAGAAAGUCUAUGGAAAGCAGAAGAUCUACUUUGCGGAUCAGUCUCAGUUUGCGGAUGUGAGUGAUGCUGAACUUAAGGAGAUGGAUGCUCGCGUUGCAGAACUCGGUGCUGAAGUACAGAGCAUCUCGCAGAGCUGCAGGCAGCUGGAUACAGAACUGAAGGAGCUCAACGGCUCAUUAACCACAGCAGAGAUGAAGGCACAGAUCCUGGAGCUACAAUUUUGA